AGGUCACUCACAUUGCACCAUGUCUGCUUCUGGGAAGCCCAUCCUCUACUCCUAUUUCCGAAGCUCCUGCUCAUGGAGAGUUCGAAUUGCCCUGGCCUUGAAAGGCAUCAACUAUGAGACAGUACCCAUCAAUCUCAUAAAGGAUGGGGGACAACAGUUUUCUGAGGAAUUUGAGGCACUGAAUCCCAUGAAGCAGGUGCCAGCCCUGAAGAUUGAUGGAAUCAUCAUUGGCCAGUCACUGGCCAUCAUUGAGUACCUGGAGGAAACUCGGCCCACUCCACGUCUCCUGCCUCAGGACCCAAAGAAGAAGGCAAGUGUGCGCAUGAUUUCUGACCUCAUCAGUAGUGGCAUCCAGCCUUUACAGAACCUGUCUGUCCUGAAGCAGAUGGGAGAUAACCCACAACCCUGGGCCCAGAAGGUCAUCAUUUCUGGCUUUGAUGCUCUGGAGAAGAUUCUGCAGAGCACAGCGGGGAAGUACUGUGUUGGAGACGAGGUGUCCAUGGCUGAUCUGUGUUUAGUGCCCCAGGUGGCCAAUGCUGAAAGGUAAAGACUUCAUCCUCCACC